CUGAUCUUGGAGCAAAUUUAAGUUCUGAGAGCAUUCAAAACAAGUGAUGCGAUUUUUCAGUGUGUCCGAUACAAAUCAACGAUGAUGCAGUAAAUACCAAUUCUACUUUCGAGAGUUUUAUGGAAAAAGUUCCAAAAUAACAGUCGCUGUAACAGUGUCCCAUUUCGAUGCCACCCUCAAGCUACACCUAAGGGUAACUCCGACCGACGUGGAAGUGGAACAGUGACAGAAGAACGUCGCGGCGAUCAUGCUGCAGCGAUCUGGAAAGAAAGUGAAACUGAAACAACAAUAAUUCCGAAACUGAAAAGAAAAUGAAGAUAACCUGAAGGUGAUUCCAUCGAGCACCGAUCAUCUAGUCGCCGGAGAAUUAUCUCUCGAACGAAAACAAUAGGCAAAUAAAUGGCUAGCGUAGCCUACUACGGUUAUUAAGCGAGGUUACUUGAUGAAUUAGGAAACAUAAAGUAACAGACUGUCGCAACGCGAGGUUGUUUUGCUGUCAAACGCGCGACACGCGUGUAUGUAUCGAGACGGUUUUUUCUCUGACGAAUCCGCGGCCUCAGAAGUGGUUUUUUAGUUAUUUUGGUUCUGUGUAUGUGGUUAUUCUUUUGAAAAAGUGAUUUUUCAAUCCUAUAAAACAGUGUCAUUGAGUUGGUUGACGAAACACAACCACACCAAACAAUGUCGUAUUAAAUAAUCCCGUUCCGGCGUCGAUCUUAGUUUCGGUUUUCGUAAGAGCUCAUUAUCAAUAUGGCGUUAUUAGAGGCUAGGCCGUUCAGACCUUUCAAGUCAAGUGAGGAGUACCUCUAUGCUAUGAAAGAAGACUUGGCGGAAUGGCUGCAGACCAUGUAUCCUCAUUUGAAUAUCUCCGUGGAAAAUUUUAUGGAAAAGUUGGAAACAGGGGUGGCCCUAUGCGAGCACGCUAAUGCCGUGAAGGCCCAAGCUCAAGAAUAUGCGGAGAGAAAACAAGCCAAGAAAAUAAUGACGAGGUCUGUAACCAGCUCGUUGGCAGUCGCCCAGGCGCUUGUCCAGAUCGCCGAUUUCAAGUACUUCAAUACGGCCAAACCAGGCACGUUUUUCUCCAGAGACAACGUUAGCAAUUUUAUCAACUGGUGCCGCAAUUCGUUAAAAAUAAUAGAAUGCCUAUUAUUCGAAACCGAUGAUUUAAUUAUGCGAAAAAACGAGAAACACGUCAUUCUAUGUCUGUUGGAAGUAGCCAGGAGAGGAGCAAAAUUCGGCAUGCUGGCACCGAUCAUAGUCCAAAUGGAACGCCAAAUCGACAGGGAAAUCGCGGCGGAUCAGAAAAAAAUGGGCGUCAACUUCAACGAAGGCUCAAAUAACCAGAACGGUGUAGAUGACGACAGCGAUAGCGAUUUAGAAGACGAAGAGACUGUUUUAAUGUACGGCCCUAUGCCCCAAAUUAUUACCAACGACCUCAAGAGUUUAGACGAGAUGGUUAGAGAUUUAGUCGAAAAAUGUACCUGUCCAACUCAAUUUCCGAUGAUAAGGGUUUCUGAAGGAAAAUACAGGAUAGGCGAUACCAAAGUUCUUAUUUUUGUCAGGAUCCUGCGUAAUCACGUAAUGGUUCGAGUAGGAGGUGGAUGGGACACUCUAUCUCAUUACUUAGACAAGCACGAUCCAUGUAGGUGUCGAACACAACACAGGACGACACAAGGGGCGAAAUUGGUCAAUAAACCUGGAGCAGCCGAUCUACAUGGUUCUCACGUUUACUAUGAAAGAUCAGCUGCUUCAGUUGCAGACGCAGGUGGAAAUUCUUACGGAUCCAGUGGUCCACAUUCUCUAGGUCCUCCAAUGAACUCUCUGAACCGUUCAAGAUCUCGCUCGCCUAAACGGUCCCUCAGUCCCAAUCUUUCUACAAGACGAUCUCUGGUUCCACCACCGACAAGAUCUAGGAGUCCUACGCCGAAUUACACUUCAAACCUUAAUACCAAGCUGUCCAGCAAUAGGAGUCCACAGCAUAAACAUUAUGGUCCACAGUCGUUGCCGAUUAUGACUAAUCACAAAUCGAAGAAUAUCGUCAGUAGCAUGCAAAUUCCAGUAGAUACUAAGGUUCUUAAAUCAGAAGUCAGUUUACACGUAAACGAUACAGAUCAUAGUGAUACUACAUCUGAAGUGUCAGACGAAGGUUAUCGAAGCUUAGGUUUAACUCAUGAUAGAACCAAACAAAGGUCGUCUGUGUACAGUCAAAACUCUACAGAGGAUGCUGAAGAAAACGAGCAUCAAGUUUAUGUAGACGACGACCUCAACGAGUUUGGCCUCAGAAGAACCCAAUUUUCUCAACGGAUUUACGAAAACGAUACCAAAACCAUCCUAGAAAAGACCCGCCACGCAAUAGAUAAAUUGUCAGAAUCGUCCAGUUCAUCUCCAGAAACCACAACUAACGAAACCCUUAGUCCUAAAAAGAAAGAACGAUCUUUCUCCUCAACGAAGGAGGGCUUGCAAGCCCGAAGAAAGUCAUACAUUAGAAGCAAUAGCUCGGAAGCGAAUAUCGACGUCCAAAAGAGCCCAAAGAGAACUCCGUCGCAACCCAAGAAAGCUGAUUCCAAAAUUAGUACCUGGAGUGGAAGACCUAAGGCUUCUAGAGCUAGCAUUAGCCAAGAUACGUUCCAACCUUUCGCCAGAAACUCAACAGUGCGAAGAAGUGUAUCGGGGCUAGAAAGGAGGUCUUCUUCAACAAAUACAUCCCCCACCAAAAGCAAACUAAGGCAGGAACUGCUACAAGCCGUGAACAAAGCCGACUCAGACGAAGCUGUCGCCCUGCAGGUCCAAAUGUUGCUCAAGAAGUUCGGUAGCUUAAGCACGUUAAAUGACGACGAACCUCUAAGCCUACCCAUUUUACCAACGAGAACGUCGACAGAGAGAAUGUCGUUCAGGAGCCCCAGAAAGGAUUCUAGGACUGAUAAUCACAUGACUAGGAUACCUGCUCCCGUGUCAAUGGCUAAGUCCUAAAUCAAAAAUGAAAAUUAAAAAUAAAAAACAGAAUCAAAAGGAUUACCUGCAUUUUAGAUAAAUGUGUAUGAAAAUAUUUUUCUGUAAACGUAGGUAGAACACAUACAUUGUUCUAUUAGUGCUAGAAAGAAAGUUAAAAAGAAGUAUAUACGAGUAUAUAUUGAAUCUCUUUAAUAAUUUAUCAUUUCUGGUGGCUCUUAAUAAGACUGGGACUUUGUAUUUGACUACAUUAGUAUGAGUUAAUAAAGUUACCCAAGUGACUAGGUCAAAAUAAUAACUUAUUAAUGUGCUAAUCGACUUAAAAUGUUAUCAUUAUUUCGUUUUUCCUACAAAUCUCGUUGCACGUCAUCUAUCAGCUGAUAAUUUUAUAUGCUUAAAGCUUUACAAUGUUGAUUAAAAAUAGACGAAAUAGUAAGAAAUUGUCAAAAUAUAAAUGCUAAACGAACGUCUGGCAAGAGCGUUAGCUCAGCAAACUGUGUUUAGCUCACGCUCUUGUUACACAUCAAUUCCUCAAUUCAGUGUUAUUUGUUAAUUAAUACAGUAAUUGAUGGAAUAGUUUAAAAAGCAACAGUUACCUACUGCUUUGUUUAAGUUUUAUUGGGGCAAUAUUAAUUUUCAUUCUAUCGUAGUAGAUCUAAAUAUUAUUUUACAAUCAUUUAUCCGACUAAUAUUUGAGAAGGAACGAUGUAACAAAAUAUAGCGACAUUGUUUAAAUGUCAGACUCGCUAUUCCAACAUGCGUGUAUUGUGUCUCACUCGUAUUCAAACAAUUAAGUGUUAUCUUUGUUCCCCAUACUGAAUGGCCUAUAGUCAGGCCUGUCCAACAUACGGCCCCCGGGCCACAAUGCGGCCCGCGUAGGCCCUUCAUCCUGCCCGCGAGUCCCUUCUCACCGAACCCACACCCACGCAGAGCCACAGAGCUCACGCACAUCGCACAUCCAAUAGUCAGUCGGCCCGCUACAGUUACAAAAUUACAAAUCCGGCCCUCCACAAAAUUAUGUUGGACAGGCCUGGCCUAUAGGAUAGUUGAAAAAUUGCCGUGUCUGUAUAACAUUAGUUAGAUAUAUUGGCCACUGUUGAUAUGUAACUUAAUUUGUAGGAAAAGAAGAUAAGUCUAGGCUGCAGGAAAAUGUUUUCAAACUCUAUUUUGCGUAUAUAUUCACUUUUUGCAUUGUUUGUAAUAACAUGCGUAUUAAAAGUUGAUUCAACCAAAACCGUCACAAUUCUGCACCUAUUAUUGUACUCCACAUCCUGCUAAAACCUAAUUUAUGAGAAACUUUUUGUUACUAUGUUUAAAUGUUAGAUACAAAUUGUUAAACAAGAGGUGUGUAUGAAAAUGCAACAAAAGAGAAUCGUAAUGUUUGGUUCGACCAAAAACGUGCAACAUCGAUCUGCAACCACGUAACAUAGAAGAGUAAUAACAGAUUUGAGUUAAUAUCUGCGUUGGUGACGUUGGCGUAUGUUCUUAUCACCAUAAAGGAGUGUCUGAAUCCUUUAUGUGACCAGAAAAAUAGUCUUAGUCCAUGUGGUGAGACCGCUCCCGUCUGAAAAAAUGUCUGUUGUGGGAGCACGCCAAAUAGAAUUCUAUUUUAGUGACGUCACGUUGCCUAGCAACCGUCGAUUCUCCCAUUAUGAAACUCUACUUUGUGACGUCAGCAAAAUAGAAUUCUAUUUGGCGUGCUCUGGGCCCUGAUUCGGUUUCUUUGUGGAUUCUUAUUCAAAAAUGUCCCCUUUAAAUAAAUCUGAAAUCUGAAGGAUGCCGGGCGGAAUUUUUGGGCAGAAAUUGUUUAAACAAAUACAAAAGAUCACGUUUUAUUGUCCUGGAACAUAUAUUUUUAGGUUUUUUGGAUCAUUUUAAACAAGAAAGGUAUCUUGUAAUUUUUCUUAAAAAUUAAUUGUUUUCGAGUUAUAAGCGAUUUAAAAUAUGAAAAAUUCGAAAAAAAUUUGAGGCUUAAAAGCUCAUAUUUAAAUUAGUAUUUUUGAGGUUGCCAGAUACAGUGGAACCCCGUUAACUCGGAUUAAUCGGGACCGCGGCCGAUCCGGGUUAUCUAAAAUCCGGGUUAGCCGGAGAAAAUGGUAAAAAUUAAUAAAAUAUGGUAUGCUUACAGAUAAACUCCGUUAUAAUUGUCACACAGACACUGGUAAACCACGUUCGCAUUCUACACAAAACCACACAUACAAAGCGUCGUCAAGAGUCUCAUUCUUAGCUUUAUUAGCUUUGCACCGAUUGUCCAAACUGUCUUUUGUUAUCAUUUUGAAAAAAAUUCUUCGAUUUUAGUUCUAUUUUUCUUCCAAUCCGAUACUGUAGAUGUACCGACACCAUAUAAUGCUGCAAGAUUCACCUUUAUCAAUUCUACUUAAUGCUUUUAGUUUCUUUUCCAUUGUCACUACAACAUUUUUACGUUUUGUUGCCCUUAUAGACAAAAGACACGCACACAAAAUCUGAAUAGAUUUACGCACGAUUACAGAACGGAAGCGAACAAUUCGACUUUACUACACAAAAUACCGUCUCUGAUGUUAUGUUAUUUAAUAACAGUGAUGACUAAGACCAUUGUUAAAAAAAGAAUUUUAAUAGUCUUUUCUAAACAAUGCUAAGACAAUUUCAAAUAAAUAAAGGAUAAUAAAGGUGCCUGUUGUUUUCGAUAACAGGACAAUGAAUGUGGUGUGCCAUGAGUCAUUUUUACUAUGGUAUAUGUAGUUCAAAUUACACAAAUACCCAUUAUCUCUCAAAUAUUAUUUUACAUAGAGUUGGUACAAAACCUCGUGAACCUUGAAAAUGCGUAUUUAUAACCGAAAUAAAAUGAAGCCAAAAACAUACGACUAUUUUAUUUGCUGCGAAUUGCGCGACAGGGUCCCUCUGCACCCUGAUAUUUUCAGUAAUGUCGGAUUCAAUCGUUUCGUUCGUAUAUUGACGUCACCAAAUGAAUGAAUUAGGUUCACGAGAUUUUGUAACAGCAAUACAUUUUUAUUGUUGAAAUGUUUGUCUGAUAAAAAUCGGUCCGGGUUAGCCGGACUUCCGGGUUAUCGGGGGCCGACUUAUCGGGGUUCCACUGUACUUAAAUUAAAGAUUAAACAUUCAGCUUCAAGAUUCUAAAGAGUGAUCGCGUCUAGCCUUAAUUUAUACCGUUCUUUUUUAAUUGUUAAAUAUGCGUGAUUAUCCGAUUUUUUUGCCGGUGCGGCGCGCUCUAUUUCAAAAAUCUCCAAAAAUAUUUUUUUAGAUUCUUUUGGAUAUUCUAAAUAAAAUAGGUUUCCCGACAUUUUUCUCAAAAGUUAAUAGUUUUAAAGUUAUAAGCGAUUUAAAAUCCGAAAAAUGCCAAAAAACGCAUUUUCGGAUUUUAAAUCGCUUAUAACUUUAAAACUGUUAGGGUAACUUUUGAGAAAAAUGUCAAGAAACUUAUUUUAUUUAGAAUAUCCCAAAGAAUCUAGAAAAAAUAUCUUUCGGAGGAAAAUUGGAGAUUUUUGAAAUAGAGCGCGCCGCACCGGCAAAAAAUAGGAUGGACAUGCAUAUUUAACAAUUAAAAAACGACGGUUUAAAUUAAGGUUAGACGCAAUCACUCUUCAGGAUCUUGAAGAUUAAUGUUUAAACUUCAAUUUAAGUAUCUGGCAACCUCAAAAAUACUAAUUUAGAUAUGAAUUUUUAGGCCUCGAUGCGUAUUUUCGCAUUUUUCAGAUUUUAAAUCACCUAUAACUCGAAAACUAUCAAUUUUAGUGAAAAUUUACAAGAUACCGUUCUUGUUUAGAAUGACCCACAAAACUUAAAAAUAUAUGUUUCGAAGCAAAAAAACGUGAUCUUUUGUAUUUGUUUAAAAAAAUUGUUUAAACAAUUUCUGCCCAAAUAUUCCGCCCGGUACCCUUUAGAUUUGUUUAAAGGGGACAUUUUUGAAUAGGAAUCCACAAAGAAACCGAAUCAGAAAUUUUUCCAGACGGGAGCGGUCUUACCACCACCACAUGGACUAUCUAAGGUCAGCCACUCACUAUCAGAUAUACCUGAACAGUAAGACACUUGUUAGGUGUACCUGAUAGUGUGUGGAGGGAAUAACUAACCUCUCAGGCGAACUAAGGAGCUUACUAAUGCCACACACUAUCAGUUAAACCUGACAGGUCUAACUGUUCAGGUGUACCUGAUAGUGAGUGGCCGGCCUAAUACAUUCUAAGUAAUUGUCUGUUAUAUCAAAUAACAAACGUGUUGCACGUGUUACGUUGCUUGGGUCAAUAAAGCCGGCCACUCACGGUACUGCGGUGUCGUUCGAAAAAAUCGUCGAUGAUAUCAAUUCUGCAGUACCUACUGCAGCACACAGGCCACUCUCUCUAUUAAAAUUGUAACGACUUGUUGAAUGCACACGUUCCAAAUUUUUGUCAGUUAGUCGAAUUCGACAAAAUUAAACGACGAGGUAACUUUUUUGUUGCACUUCUGUACAUUCCGAUAUAUUCGCUUUAUUUAAGUUGCCUACGUGUACCUCCUUUUAGAGGCAUUAAUUUUUAUAUAAAUACCUACAUGUUACAUGCAAAAAAAUUCCUAUGGUGCUAUUUUUUGUUAGGUAGGUAGAAAUUUAGAUAGGUUUAGAUUUUUUAUUGGUUGGAAACCAUACUGAUGUUAAAUAUAUGGAUUUAUCUUUUGGGAAAUACAAAAAUGUUAUUGGAUUUGGUUAUUCCCUCUUUAUUUUAUUUUUUCUUCGUCUUAUUUGAUUUGAAGUAAUCUUGAAUUCUUCCAAAACAUUUUUGUUUUCUCUCUUUUUCAUAGGCAUAACAUUGUACUAAUCAGGGUUUGAAUAAACAGUUAUGUAUAUAGCAGUGUACCUAAUAUUAGACACAGUAUAGUUUCAAUUUUUUAUUUUAGAAAAAUUUGGACUAGGGAUAUCUACUAAAAAUGCUACAGUUGUAUAACUCUAUUGAUUUUUAAUCCUAGAUAUUUAUAUACAAAUUAUUUAGCAAUACAUUUUAAUAAUA